GGCUCUAGGGUGAGGAAGGGGUUAAAUUCCUACCUUUCUCCAGUGCUGGGCUCCCUCGGCGCUAGGGAAUCACCUCCUUCUGCCGUCAUCGGCUGAAUGCGCAUGCGCGGCAAGACCUGCACGCGCAUUCAGUCAGUCUCAUAGGAAAGCAUUCUCAAUGCUUUCCUAUGGACGCUGGCGUCUUCUCACUGUGAAAAUCACAGUGAGAAGCGUGGAAGCGCCUCUAGCGGCUGUCAAUGAGACAGCCACUAGAGGAUGGAUUAACCCAAAUGUAAACAUAGCAGUUUCUCUGAAACUGCUAUGAUUACAGCAGGCAGGGUUAAUCCUAGAUGGACCUGGCACCCAGAUCACUUCAUUGAAGUGGUCUGGGUGCCUAUAGUGGUCCUUUAAAUAAAAUAAAAAAAACACAUACUUAAACACUCCAUGUUAUAGACCAGUAAAACUUUCCAUAGAGGUUAUGGUGCCAUGAGUUCCCUGAUGCCCCGUCUUCUUCUUUUUAUUUUUUUUUUUUAACAGUUUGACUUCUUACCUGGGGUCUGCAGGUUGCUGCUACCCGCCUUCACUACAACCUACAAAGAGCUUGAAGCUGCAAUGCAGGGCUUUGUUAAUUACCUUUGCGCAUCAGCACUGCAGAGCUUGGCUCAGGAGAGCUAACAAAAGUUUGCAUGAAAGCACUUCCUGCUCUCGCGAUGGAGGCAGGGAGCUGUGCUAGGCAGAUCCAGAUAGCAUGUCAUACUGUUCAGAAAUGGUUUUACUCCUUGCAAUGGGGCAGCUAGGGUGCUCCUGACACCAUAACCACUACAGUGAACGGGAGUGUUCCCUUUGAGAACUAAAUUUAGCCUAUGCUAGGCCAGAAGUCCAUCUGUUCUUGGCACACUUUAAGUGACAUGAUGCACUUUAGUUAGCCAUGGCACAUGGUUUGAACCUGUGUUCUUACCACAGCAGAAAGCACAGCAACACUUAUACCUGCACCUAUCCUUGCAAUUUUCUACUUUGUCAGUUUCUCACUUGAUUUUAAUAUUUUAGAUAUUUUUUUUUAAAUAUUUUGAAACUUUAAAACAUUUAUUUUUAUAUUUUGAUUAUAUAUAAUUUUUUUCCAUGUGAAACAGCUGUUGAGUUAAUGAUUUGUACAGAUCUGCGUGUCCUUCUCUUAAGUAAUUUUCUUAUCUGUACUAAUCGAUAUAUAAGAGCACAAUAGUAAAUUUGUCACAAACAUUUUAUGUUCCUUAGCAUGUUGCAAACAUGAUGAUCAGGAUGAAGAGAGAGCUGGGUGGCAGCCAGAACCAGAUAAUUCCUGUGUUUGAUACACUCCUGCUUCUUGACCGGAACGUGGACCUGCUGACACCUUUAGCAACACAACUUACAUACGAAGGGCUUAUUGAUGAAGUCUAUGGAAUUCAGAAUAGUAUGUUGCAUUAAUCCUGUGACACUCUGCCCUGCUGCCAUUAAAUGCUGGCUGAUAUAGUUAAUGUCUUGUCUUAACAUCAAAUAUACUUUAGGACAACUAACAUAGCAGAUGCCAACAUUCCUGUACAUAAAUGCCUUACAGCUACUUUAUUUUAUAUCUGUUAGUUCCCAAGAUAAUCUGGCGCGAAGAGAACUAAAAUAAAGCAGUUUACUACGGAAACUUUCAAUAACAAUAAUUUAUAUAGUGCAAUCAUAUUCUGCUGCACUGUACAACAGGCAAACCCUAACAAAACAUUGUGUGUUUUCAUGGUUUUACUAUAGCCUUAACGAAGUCUGGAAUUGCUAAACCAGAAAUAUUGAUCAUUUAUUUAUGAUUUAAUAGGCAAUGUGAAGCUCCCUCCUGAAAAGUUUGUUCCUAAAAAGCAGGGUGAGGGUGGGAAAGACCUCCCUACAGAACCAAAGAAACUGCUGCUAAACUCGGCCGAAGAACUGUACGCAGAGAUCCGUGAUAAAAACUUCAAUGCUGUUGGUUCGGUGCUGAGCAAGAAGGCGAAAAUUAUAUCUGCAGCUUUUGAGGUAUGGAGCUUAAAUACACACCUUUCAUUCACUAAUGUCACCAACUACUUAUAAUCUAAAAUUCCCUUUACACAGCACUACUGUGGCAUUUUAUACAAUAAUAAAGGACAGAAAUGCAUUUACACAUGUAUGAAGAUACAUAAGAUGUGUUGCAUUAUUGUGUUGGGAUAAUUUUGAUUUUCGUUUGUUUUUGCUUUUGCCCUACUUGAUUAAUCAUGGCUGAUAUGUAGAUAUUCUUAAAGGAACAGCCUAUCUGCUAUCAAGCACCAUAUCCACUACAUGCGCAUGUAGAGGUUUUGGUGCUGCUAGCACCGCCCAAUUCUUGGCAGUUUUCAAGAAGUUUAUUUAAAACCAGGGGUAUCUGAUACACAUGUGCCUGGCUCCUACUCGCUGGAAUUGCUAACGUAGAUGCAAUAAUACAUUUGUCCAUAUAUGUUUGCUUUUCGAAAUUUUUUAUUUUUUUUAUUUUUUUUUUAAAUUUAUUUAUUUAUGUUUUACUAAGUUUGUUGGUAUUGACAAUACAAAAGGGUGACAGGGAUAUUGUUCACAACAUUAUACCAUAUUCACAUGUAGCUUUUGAAACUUACUGGCGUUAUUCACCCCACUUAGAGUAAAGGGUUUUAAUUUAACACGCCAAGGUCAGAUCGUGGUUUGAUAACCUACGUAUGUAUGGGAGGUUCUACUUAAGUCGUGCCAAGAAUAUGGCAUGUGUACAAGCGUCACGUAUCAAUAGGUGGUUAUACCGGUGAUGUUGGUGGGUUUGGAAUUUGCUGUACGUACAUGAAUUGCUUUGUUGUGGUGGUCCACUUUUGGUUACAAAGGUAAUAGAGGGAGUGGUAACUGUGGGAUUUGGUAACCGUGCCGCUAUAUUGUUUUGCCAGCCUGCUCUGAGCAGAUCUUCUUUAGUGUCUAACUUUCCAACCAAGGUGCAGAGAGGGACAAGGUCCUAGUGUAUAGUGUAUGUUUUGCCAUUGUUGGCGAGUACAAGCAGAGCACAUGGUUUAGGUUGAAUGUUAAAAGUGGUCUAAACCUGUUUUACAUGUCUCUGUAACGGUCAAACCCUGUGUUGCUCCCUCAAGAGACAUACGUUCAUAAAUAUUAUAUUCAUGGACUUUUUCAAAUAGUUAAGCUUUGGAUGGGCAAAUGGUUGCCUUCCAGUUAAGAGCUAUUAAGUUUCUGGCUGCUUAUACAAUUAUGAAAGCUAUUUGUUUGGUUUUCUUGGGCGUAACUGUGGGGAAGAGGAGAAACAAGCUCAUGGACGAGUUAAUGGGUCUAUCUAUUAAAUGAAGUUGCGAAAAUAGAUUAACUGUAUCCCAUAAUGACCUGAUUUUCUUACAUUUCCACCAUACAUGCAUCAUGUUCCGUAGUCCUGUGCCACAUGUUCAGCAAAUAGCUUAGAUAUUGGUGUAUAUUUUAUGCCUGUUAGGUGUGAAGUACCACCUAUGAGUUUAUGUGCUUCUAUAUGAGAGUAGCAGGUUGUAACGCCUUUGAGGGCAUUAACUGAGGACCCCCAUUCUAGAUCCGAUAGACAUUGUGUGCACUCAUAAGUCCACUGUUCUGUAAAUGGGAAUAGGGCAGAGAUGUGAUGCCUUAUUGCAUGAUAGCAUGUGGAGAGUGCUUUAGGUUUGCCCAGAGCCUUCCAACACCUGUCAUGCACCUGUGUGAUGGUUUUGGCUUGGGUAUUCUUUAGUUCAGAUGGUUUGUAUACAUGAUUCAAUAGAACACUUUGUAAUCGUAGAAAUUGAAAAAUGAAUGAGUUUGGUAGGUGGUAUUUUCUGAGAAUGGGAGUAAUUUGCUUUGAUGGUAUACUUGGUCUAUUGAGGCGAUUCAUAGUUUGGCCUACUGCUGCAUGUUCAGCCAGCAUAAUAACUUUUAAUGCUGUAAUAGGUGCCUAUUGGGUAAAAGUUUUGAUGAAUGCCAAUGUUCGUUUGUAUUUGUCCAUAUUUUAAAGCCAUUACUUGGUUGAGCAGGACAGAGGAUUAAAGCGGUUUGAACAAGAACUAGGGUAAAGUGUGUUUAUUUUAUAUCUAACUUAAUGUAAUGUAAAGCUAAUUGUUAGAAAAUUAUUUUUGUUGCGGUUAUUGACAAUAGCAUGUCCUGAUUAUGGUGAGUGCCAUCACAUUAUUCAAAUAUUCACAUAAUAUUAUGUACUUUUCUGGAUAUUUGGGGGCAAAAAUAAUAGAACUAACUGCACUCAACUCUGUAAAAACAAAAAUCGUGAGUGUAUAAAAUAAAACAAUGUACAAAUUAAAGCAUAAAAUUAACCAUAGAAAAAAAUAUAGAAACCUAUACCACACUCAAAUAAUAAAUGCUCAUAAAAGGUUUUUGUAUCAGACGUUAUCCAUCAAAUUUGUUGUCUGUGAAGGGAAUAAAGUAAAUCACUCCACAUCCUAAAGAGAAAACUUUAUUGAUUUGAGACUGGGUCAGGAUUUGUCAUACAUUUUCACUUGAAUAUGUACAUAAUACCUCAAAAACUGUGACCUGUAAGUCCUUAAUAGAGUUGGUCUAACAAUGAGUUCUUUCCUCUUCCAUAUGUUAUGUGUCUAUGCAUUUUCAAAAAAAGGUUGUUUUUUUUUGUUUUUUUUUGGGGUGGGGGGGAAGGUUUAAUAAAAGAGCAAAAAGUGGGGGAAAAAAUGACAAAUUGUAAAACAGAAACAUUUAUAUAUGUAUCUCUACACACACCCUCUAGAGUUCUAAGGCUUAUGUGCAUAAAGAAAAAGAAGCAAAUUCUUUGAGUACUCAAAAAAAGUUCCAUAAUGGUUAGAUCUCUCCAUUUUGGAUGUUGGAAUGUCUGAGUUACUUAAAUGUUGAUUCAGUCUCUCCAAUGCUUGUUGUGAUACACACAGUUGUCCAGAUAAGAAAUUGAAGUCUUACAUGAAGGCUGCUUCUUGUGUAAACUAGUGCUGAUUACAGUUCACUGAGGUCGUGCUGUUGUAGUAGUUGAUUCUUGGUUCAGGUCCCUUCCCUUCAAAGGCCCUGGUGGUGAAUAAAACACGAGCGGCCUGUUUAAAGCUGGUUUGCCCACCAUUCGCAGCAAGACUCGCCCCUGGCAUCAUCACGUCACUUGCAAUGAUGUCACACGCAAAUAGGAAAAACUUUAUUUACACAGACAAAACAAAAAAAGCACAUUUCAUAUGUAUACCAUAAUGGAUUGGUAAAAUUAACCACAUAUCCAGUCAUGAUUAGAUUGCCCUCCUGUACAGUAUACAAUUAGUGAUAUUUCAUCCUUUUGUAAUUAUGUAUACAGUGAGACCUCAGUUUACGAAUUUAAAGCGUUCUCCGUGACGUUUCUUAUUGCAAAAAAAUUUGUAAACCGAAAUGCGGUUUCCCAUAGGAAUGCAUUGAAAACCAAUAAUCUGUUCUGGAGGUCAGAAAAAAGUCAAAAUGAGCUGACAUGGAAACCAACCCACAAUGCAGAACACACAAUAAAAGGCAUGCACAAAACAAAGCUCAGCUCCCUUUCUUUCCACAGCUUGAGAAAUGCACCAAAAAGUCCCAAAACAACUGAAAACUAUUUCCAGAAUGGCUCCAAAACUCUAUGCAAAAUCCGCUCCACACUCGACACCACGUGUUAUCAAAAGGCGCAUGCAGGGGGCAGUGCUAUAAACCUCCCAGGUGCAAUGAAUCGUGUGGAAACUUGCUUUGUUUUGCGAAAACUUUUUGGAAACUGGGGCAUUAUUUUCAAUGGAUUUUCAUUUGUAAACAGAGGUCCCACUGUACUCUUUGAUCAGCCACAACAUUAAAACCACUGACAGGUGAAGUGAAUAACUGAUUAUAUUGGUACAGUGUCACUUGUCAAGGGUGGGAUAUAUUGGGCAGUAAGUGAACAGUCCAGUACUUUCAUUUCAUGAGCUGAAUGCAGGAAAAAUGAGCAAGUGCAAAGAUAUGAGUGACUUUGAUAAGGGCCAAUAAUGAUGGCUAGACAAGGUCAGAGCAUCUUCAAAAAAGUUUUGUAAGGUAUUCCCAGUAUGCAGUCGUUGGUACCAAUGUUUCCUUUCUUUUUAAAAUUGGAGGGAGUGUUGGGGGGUGUGGCCUGACCGGCACUGGAGUAAGUCGCACUCGAAUGUAGCUCCACCUAAGCCCCAGCUCAUUAAAGCCUCUAUAAUACGUUAUGUGACCGCCACAAUGAGGAAAUCCAAACUGGUGCUUACCCCAGGACCCUCUGACGCUGUCUCCCCGAGACAUUCCGGGCCCAUGGAUGAGUUUAUGGUCACACCGCAAGGCCUGAGAAGCACCUGUGAGCCAAAUAAGAUGGCGCCGGGAUCUGAGCGCAUCACGAGCGCUGCAUGUGGCCUGACGGGCAGGAUGACUCUCACACAUCUCAGCUGACCUAGCCUCCAUCUCCAACAUGUUUACCCGCACAGACUAAGCUGAAUCACUGACUGCAAUGCGGAUGGCUAUCAGAAAGGAGAUCAUGGAGGUACAAAGGGACUUUACUGCCUUAGAAACUAGGGUGAAGGAGUUGGAAGCAGACAAUACAGACCCAGCAGACUGCUGAAACCGCAGGGAACGGUUUUGCUUGAACUGCGCAGACAGGUUGAAGACCUAGAUAAUAGGGGCAGAUGGAACACCAUCUGCAUUAGGGGCCUGAUGAGGCUCCGGGAGAGGCCCUCCCCGAAGCACUUACCUGCCUGUUCAUGCAACUCUUGGGAGAGUCGGCACAGGAAGACUUUGGCCUGGAAAGAGCCCCCCCCCCCCAGAUGGAAUGGGCAACCGGGAGACGUCAUCUGUUGCUUGCUCUCCUUCCUGAAGGACGCAAUCAUGAAAGCUGCCUGCCCGCUGCAAAAUAUCAAUUUUAUGGACUGAAAGGUAUUGCUAUUCUAAGACCGGUCAACCCUUACACUAGACGCUAGAGGGGUGUUUAGACCGCUGACUCGCAUGCUGCUAGACAAGCGGUUUUAUAUAAAUGGGGCUUCCCAUUUAGCCUUCAGGCAAAAGUCUGCAACACCUGGCACACUAUCAGAUGGCCCAACGAUGUGCCCAGAUUUCUCCGCACAACUGGCCUACCAGCAGUCGCAGUAACAAAUUAGAUCUUAGAGGGCCCACCCCAACCACUUAACAGCCCAGAGAGACCUGCUGGAUGUCGACCUGGCCCACUUCAGAACAACAUUGGACGAAGAGGCGGACCUAAUUGCCCAGAGGAAUGAACCAUGCACGGACACUUGGACAGCCAGUAACCUCCACCCCACACACAAGACAUGUCAGAACCCUGGGAACUCCACACACCCCACAAAGGUCUCUCUACAGUCAUGGCCUCAAGGCUUUGCACUCCUGAUGCCCACAUUGGCAAUGCAUGGGACUUCCGGCCACAGACUCAUGGGUAAAGUCUGCUCCCCCGCUCCGUUUGGGCUGUAGCUCACUGCUCAGACCGCAGCUGACACAGAGCCCUUGUAGACUGCCCCUAGAGAAGCCAGUCCGCAGCCGAGAUGCCCACGUUGAGACCCAGAGCUGCCCAUCAACAAAACAAUAGACUGUCUCUGAGCUUAUAUUCCCUUCCCGUGCAAAGGUGGAUGACCAUGGAGUUGGACUCUACCGAGAAAUGAUCUCAUAACGUGAGCUACGGGGAUUCUUGAAGAUAUUCCUAUGGUGGGCUAUGUGUAUACUAGGGGCUCUCCCGUAACAUGACUGCAAAGGCAAGACCUAACGUAACCGAUGCUACUAUAGGCACCUGUAGACCGACAACCACACACACAAAACAUUUACUGGACAUGAAACAGUGAAUAAAGAUCACAAACUACCAUGGGGUGGAAAGAAGUUUUGUAUUGCAUCUAAUAAGCCCACAGUUAUGGAAAAGGGUCUAUACUAUCAAAGGUCUAAAAGCAAUAUAGAUGCUGCCGUAUGUUAACCAUACCGAUAUACUGUGAUGAAACGAAAACAAUGUGAAAUGAUGGCACAAAAUGUAAAAAAGAUUGUCCAAAAACAAAACAUUUGAAUACUUUGACUUAUUCCAGUACCAUUUAUAUGUUGCAUUAACAUUAAGUACUCCAAUAGACAUGUGUAUUGUAUUUGACACAAACGAGAUGGACCUAGUCCCACGCAUGCGUAUUGAUGUGGUAGAACGCAACAAUAAGUGAUGCGUUCCAAUGACGCAAGAGGCUUGACCAGGAAGUCCACAUGGAGUGGAACGCACGAUGCAUUCCAAACGGAAAGGAUCAGACCCGGAAAAGUUACUGGCCAGGAGUCAAGGUUUUUGCCACAGACCCGGAAGAGUUACCGACUGGCUUUAAAAAGACUUGAGAGAGGGGCAGUGGCUCCGGCUCAUUAAGCACCAAAAUGUGCAAUGUUUUUUUCGAUACCACACAGCUGUUCUACCUUGUCUGAUGAUCAAUUUGCACCAGCUGUUUGGGCAGUGCAAACCUGUUUGUAUAUCAUAUUCACAAAUAAAUAAAAAAAUUAAAAAAAAAGACUUUGAACAUCAUACCGACUGAGGAAGCCCCUACCGUAGGGCAAUACUAGUUUCGGACCACUAGAGGACUUUUCAAGCAUAAGCCAGAGACUCAAAGGACUUGAAUGAAACCUUUUUAUUGUUUUUUAUAUUUCGCUUUUACCUAUGCCUUAUAAAGGAUCUUCAUUGAAAAGAAGUUUCAACGCCUGUUUCUACUUAGAAUAUCCACCAACCCCAAGAGGGGACAGGGACGGGGACAUAUUGUAAGUCCCACUGUGCUUCCCAUGAGAGCCAUAUGUGUUAAUUUGGCUCCUUGUUUGUGAGUAAGAGCAUUUACACUUAUCCCUACAUCCGCCUGGUCCGAUCACACAGAGGAGCUACAGUAACUGAAAUUGCUGAAAAAUGUAAUGCUGGCUAUGAUAGAAAGGUGUCAGAACACUUAGUGAAACGCAGUUUGCGGUGUAGCUUCAGACCGGUCAGUGGCCGUAAUGACCCUUAUCCUCAAUAAACAGCGCAUUUAAUAGGAAUGUGAGCGUCAGAACUUAACCAUGGAACAAUGGAAGGUUUCCUGGUUGAUGGCCUCAUGCGUGUCCAUCAUUUUACCUAGGGAAGAGAUGGCAGCAUGAUGCACUGUGGAGAGGUUGCAAGCUGGCGGAGACAGUGUUCUGCACUGAGCAAUGUUCUGCUGGGAAAAAAAACUUGACUCCUGGCAUUCACGUGGAUGUUACUUUGAUAUGUACCACCUACCUAGAGAUUUUGCAGACCACAUACACCUCUUUAUGGCAAUGGUGUGGUCCCUUUCAGCAGGAUAAUGCACCAUGCCACACUGCAAAAAUUGUUCAGGAAAGCGUUCAUGGUGUUGCCUUGGUCUUCAAAUUCCCCAGAACUCAAUCCGAUUCAUCAUCUGUGAUAUGUGCUGGAACAACAAAUCCAAUCCAUGGUGGAACAACCUCACAACUUUCAGGACUUUAAGGACCUGAUGCUAAUGUCUUGCCAGAUACCACAGGACACAUUCAGAGGUCUUUUGGAGUCCAUGCCUUAACACAUCAGAGCUGUUUUGGCAGCACAAGUGGGACCUACACAAUAAUAAGUAGUUUAAUGUUGUAACUGAUAAAUGUAUGGGGGUGGAGUCUAAUUUCAGUUGGAUAUGUAGUUGAUUUUAUGCAUUUGUGUGUAAUAUUUAUUUUGUAAUUUCACUUUAUUUUUUUUCACAACUGACACAAAAGGCAUGUGGACAAAUAUCACCCUGUAAUUUAGACUACAUAUUGGUCUGCAAAUGGCAAUUAAACUCUGAAAAAUAAGUACAUAAUUGUCUUGACAUUUAUUUCCAAUAUUUGAGUGUGGUAUCAUUUUUGUGGUGGUAAUUUGGACCUGCAUUUAUAAAUAAAAAAAUAAUAAUAAAAAAAGACCUAUAAUUUAAUCCAUUUCAUGAAUUAAAGAUGCCACAGACCAAUUAAGGGGGUGGGGGUGGGGGGGAUUGUGUUUUUACAACCUGGGCAUGCAUGAAUGUAAUGGUUGUUAAUAAAUUUUAAAAUCCUGUGCAGCCUUCUGAGAUUUGAUCACCAUGUAUCAUUGUCACCUUCAUGUCAAGACUUGCCCAUGGUAUCCAUCUAGGAGACUACAUAUUAACCCAUUUUAACUGUUAAACAAUUGCAUUUAACUGUUAAGGUGGUGAAGGUUAAUCCCCUAUCCUGAGACACAAUCUAACUUUUGUAUUUUGUAGAACUGCAAACCAGUUUAUGGUAGGUCUUCCAAAAUUUAGUGGGUUUCUCAAAUUGUAUGAUUUUGUGAAGGUUUUUUCCUAUUGUGUGAAAGAACUGUUUGAAAGGGGGGUGGGAGAGAGCUAAACAUAACAUAAAAAAUGUGUUUUGUUUUUUGCAGUUUACAUUUAGAAUAAAACGAAUAUUUUGUUUUCUCAUCUAAGGGAAGGCACAGUGCAAAAACUGUGGGAGAGAUCAAGCAGUUUGUGUCACAGUUACCCCAUAUGCAAGCAGAGAGAGCAUCUUUAGCAAACCACACGUCUAUAGCUGAACUCAUUAAGGAGAUAACCAGUAAGAAGCUAAAACUAUUCUUUUCAGAUUAAUUUACUUCAUAUGUAUUGGAUUAUUUUUUUUAUAAUUAAAGCAUUUGAUUUUUUUUAAAAUACAACAAAAUAAAGAAUGACUUAAUUUUUAAAAAUUAAAUGUGUAUGCAUACAGUUGGUCUGUACGGGAAAACAUGCGUCAAGAGACAUGUCCAAAACAAGAUACAUCCCUAAAAAAAAAAGCAACUACUUGAGACCAAAAAAAAGACUGAAUUACCAUGGUGAAAGGAUAUUUUUUGGCAAGAGAAUAGGAGAAUGAAAAAGGGAUAACCUUUUCAUCUGCCUCCAGUCCAGUGCAAUGACCCUAACUAACUGAUGAAAGGAAAAGAGCAGAUUAAAGUUCAUUCACUGAGAGGAGAACUUGGCCAUCCAAGGAGACCACACAUUGAUACAUUUCUCAGUUGUUUGUUUUUUUCUUUUUUCUUUUUUUUUAAUUGUCCUGUCAGAUUUUCCAACCUAAUCCGUUACCAGAGUUUAGCAUCUAUCUGGAUAGGAAGGGCCAUCUUCCAGUUCUUGGUCAAACACUCUCAGGGCUGUGCACACUCUAAAAAUAAGUUUGUGUACAGAUCUAAAGAUGGUCUACACCAUCUGUGUAGGAGUUCAACCCUUAGGUCUUCAGAAAGCUAUGUCAGGAACCUGUGAUAGCCUCUUACAAAUGUCCUCCCACAUUAUAAUGAAAUAUUCCUAAGUGCCAACGUAUUCACCAGCACUAUACAAUUGAUUAGGAAGAUGGUACAAUAUAAGUGGUAAAGAGGUCCCUGCCCAUGAGGUGAGAUCUAGCCACUGAAGCUCUUUUGUACAGAAUACUUUGCUAGUUAUCCCUUGAGCUUACAGUAUAAAGAUAUAUUGCAUCAUGUGAUAAUGAGGAGACUAAAUGGCUUCUGUAAUGAGGUAGGUUAUUGUUCGCCUUGCAUAGUAUUGAAUAGUCUGAUCUUUCAGUUAUUUGUCUGUAACUGAGUUGUGUUGUACUGAUUGUGGGGUUUUUUUGGGGGAGUUUUUUUUUUAACAUUAUAAAUGACUAGCCCAGAGAUCCAAACAUCACCUUAGAAUUUUGUAAAAUCUGACCAAACUGCUUUUUGUGUGUAAAACUGUAGCAGAUAAAAUCUGUCAUUCUGCUAUAGGUGACUGCAUUUCACACCUUCUGUUUUGCAGCAUCAGAAGCAUUUUUCGAUAAUUUGACUGUGGAACAAGAAUUUAUGUCUGGGUUUGACACAGAUAAGGUCAGUUUUCUAUUCCUCUAAACUGGUUUUUUUUUGUUUGUUUUUUAACUUGGAUUUUGCUAUAUUAAACUCGACAAAGCAGCAGUGCGUGAGAAAAACCCCUAGUAAAGCAUGUUCGUCAGCCAAUGUGUAAAUGCCUAGCUCUUAAAAAUUUGAUUUUAAGCCAUUUAGUAAUAUCUACACCAAGUGACAUUUUUACAUUCUUACAUUAGUCUAUUGCAUAUUGUACCUGAUUGUCUUAUCCAUUAAAGGACACUAUAGUCACCAGAACAACUACCGCUUAAUGCAUUUGUUCUGGUGAGUAGAAUCAUUUCCUUCAGGCUUUUUGCUGUAAACACUCUUUUCAAGGAAAAUGCAGUGUUUACAUUACAGCCUAGUGAUAACUCUACUGGCCACUCCAUAGCAGUUUCCUUGGGCAUUGCUGCAGAGUAAGUAGCACUGUUAUUCAGUGUAUCUACCCUCUGCAUGCAGAUACUGAACUUUCAAUUCAUCUCUGAGGAGAUGCUGUUUGGCCAGGGCUGUGUUUGACUUGUGCUGACUCUGCCCCUGAUCUGCCUCCUGCCUCAGCCAAUCCUAUGGGGAAGCAUUGUGAUUGGCUCAGACCACCUCUUCUGAUGUCAGCAGGCAGGGGCAGGUCUGAGGCACAGGGGCAGAGCCAGGAGCUGCACAGUUGAAUACAAGUAAUAUUUUAUAUUUAAGGUGGCAAGGAUGGGGGGGGGGGGAGGGGGGCUAGAUGGUGGUUUUAACACUAUAGGGUCAGGAAUAAAAGUUUGUGUUCCUGACCCUAUAGUGCUCCUUUAAUUUUUGACAAGAAAAAAAUAAAUAUUAAACUGUUGUAUAUGUGCUUGUUUGCUAGGUAAAUGCAUACAUAGAGGACUCUAUUGCUAAGAAAGAUCCAUUAAUAACGAUUUUACGGUUAGUCUGCCUGCAGUCAGUGUGCAACAUGGGUCUGAAACCAAAAGUGCUGGACUAUUACAAGAGAGAGAUUUUGCAGGUAUGGUUUUUAAGUUUGCUAUGCAGUUUUAAGUUAUAUGUAUAUAUAUCUCCAAGUAAUUCUAUAUUUUUAGUAUGUGUUUUGGCAAAAAAAUAGUACUACCUCCCAUAAGCCCUUCCUACAUAUCCUGAUUAACACCCUACACAGCAGUAAGAGAAACUGAAAAUAAAUGGUGAUAUACGUGCUCUUUACAUGGUUAUAGAUUGUCCAUAGAAUGCAUGUAAAUUUGCUGUUGCUCUUCCCACUGUCAAAGUCAUGCCAACAGAACACAGAGUUGUACACUGCAUCUUCUGGGUAACCUUUUAUGGAUCCCACUACCUAGACUAUCAAAGGUAGAGGGACCACUGCUCUUCUCUUACCAAACUGCAAGUGUUUGACGAUAUAAGCAAUAUAGUUAAAACAAAGUUUAAAUGGUGCAGUUGUUAGAGCAGUAUGUUGUGUAUCUAGAUCAAUAUUGGUAGUAACCAGUUGUUACUGGUUGCUGCUACCGUAAACCAGUUGCUAAGUAGCUGCUUACUGUUCUUAUUAUACUCUAUGGCAGCUUCUAACUGCUUUUUAAUCACUGACUAUCCAUUAAAUCCAAGUGGCCUGGUGGGAAGAGGUUAACCGCUAAUUCCCUAUACAUGCUAUAAGAAACAUGCAUUCAACAGUGGUGGAACUACCACUCAGUGCAGUUGCAUUGGUGCCUGCACGCUGAGGGGAGCCUAUUGGGUGGUCCAUGCAGUUAUGGAUACCCAAUGGAAAUUUCAUCAGAGGCCCAGUGAUGUGCUGUGACUAUUUAACAGUGCGACUAGCACAGCCAUAUCCUAUUCGACCCUGGGAAAACCACCCUCCUGCAACCAAAAGACACAAACAGUUGGGUGACUUAAACAAUGUAAAUUUUGAUGUGUGUAGUGUUGGCAAUGAAUACUGGCAUGUAUGGAAAUACAAACACACUGCAUUCAAACCCCAGCAUUAUAUACAAAUACACCCCUGCAUUUAAACUCGCGCUACACUGAAACGCAUCCCAGCAUUAAGUCGUGAUAAUUUUUUCAGUUGUUUUGACUUUAUUUCACUAAAGUCUUAUUUACAUGAGAUCUGUCUUGGCUGUAGCAGAUUCAGAGCUUCCACAAUGGUAAAACUGGUUCAUCAUAGUGCCAAAUUAAAUUGUGAAGUGUUUGUGUACACACUGUGACUUGUCUAGGACGUACAGUACACAAGUAUUCGAACCGGGCAUGAUUGAAUAGAUAUUCAGUCUGCUUCCAACCUGGAACAGCUGUGGUAAUUACAGUACAAGAGUCUUUCAGUGAAUCUAUUGUUUCAAUUGCUAAUGGUCCAUGACCUAUUUGUAUAUAAUUUUUUAUUUUUUUUGAUAGACCUAUGGAUAUGAACACAUAUUGACUUUACACAAUCUGGAAAAGGCUGGCCUUUUAAAACCUCAGACGAGCAGCCGUAAUAAUUAUCCAACAAUCCGGAAGACGCUGCGCCUUUGGAUGGAUGAUGUCAAUGAGCAGGUGAGCCUGGUAUCAAACACAUAGCAAUAAGUCUGAAAAUAAGUAAAUGCAGUUUCAUGGAUUUGGCCCGCUUUUAAAAGUAAAUCGGUCUGUAACUACCUUUUUAUAUACCAAUCUUGUAGGAGCUUAGAAUUCCAUCUUAAAGCUCAAUGGCAAAAGCUUGUGUGUAAUGGAUGCUUAUACCACUGUUAAUGGGUUUUUCAAGUGUGUAAAUAAAACCGUUUUUUUUUUUUUAGAAUUCCACGGGUCCCAUACUUAAAAACAAUUUAGCUUGGUUGUUGCUUCAAAGUGUGUAAUCUGGAGGUUACAGGAGGACAAAAAAGUUAAGAUUUGUUUGAUUUAGAUUAUUCACCUCAUUAAAAUGGCAGACUUAGUUCAGUGUAAUAGUUAUGCAUUUGUUUCACGUUCCACUUUAUGGAGAUUUGGAUCUGUAGACUGUUCUCUAUAUUGCGGCAGGAUUGUAUUUUUUUGAAGUCUGAGAUUUGUAAAUUAUCUGGUAAACAAACUCAAGCUGGAACUGCUGCAAAGCCACUGCCGCAGAGACGUACUAGGAAUGGCAGACUGAUUACUGUAGGAUCUGGUAGGCUUAGAGUUGUGGAUAAAAGGCAAAUUGAAUUAUGUAGAGCAACAGAGUAUAAUGGUGUUGUGGAGAUGGGCUUAGGCACUGAGGGUAGUGGUGUUGUGGAGACGGGCUCAGGCACUGAGGGUAGUGGUGUUGUGGAGACGGGCUCAGGCACUGAGGGUAGUGGUGUUGUGGAGACGGGCUCAGGCACUGAGGGUAGUGGUGACAUGCGCACACUCAGUCACACGCAGGCAGUCACACACGCAGGCAGUCACACACACAGGCAGCUGCACUCGCAGACAGUCACAGACGCAGGCAGGCAGUCACAGACGCAGGCAGGCAGUCACAGACGCAGGCAGGCAGUCACAGACGCAGGCAGGCAGUCACAGACGCAGGCAGGCAGGCACAGACGCAGGCAGGCAGUCACAGACGCAGGCAGGCAGGCAGUCACAGACGCAGGCAGGCAGGCAGUCACAGACGCAGGCAGGCAGUCAGUCACAGACGCAGGCAGGCAGUCAGUCACAGACGCAGGCAGGCAGUCAGUCACAGACGCAGGCAGGCAGUCAGUCACAGACGCAGGCAGGCAGUCAGUCACAGACGCAGGCAGGCAGUCAGUCACAGACGCAGGCAGUCAGUCAGUCACAGACGCAGGCAGUCAGUCAGUCACAGACGCAGGCAGUCAGUCAGUCACAGACGCAGGCAGUCAGUCAGUCACAGACGCAGGCAGGCAGUCAGUCACAGACGCAGGCAGGCAGUCAGUCACAGACGCAGGCAGGCAGUCAGUCACAGACGCAGGCAGGCAGUCAGUCACAGACGCAGGCAGGCAGUCAGUCACAGACGCAGGCAGGCAGUCAGUCACAGACGCAGGCAGUCAGUCAGUCACAGACGCAGGCAGUCAGUCAGUCACAGACGCAGGCAGUCAGUCAGUCACAGACGCAGGCAGUCAGUCAGUCACAGACGCAGGCAGGCAGUCAGUCACAGACGCAGGCAGGCAGUCAGUCACAGACGCAGGCAGGCAGUCAGUCACAGACGCAGGCAGGCAGUCAGUCACAGACGCAGGCAGGCAGUCAGUCACAGACGCAGGCAGGCAGUCAGUCACAGACGCAGGCAGUCAGUCAGUCACAGAGGCAGGCAGGCAGACAGUCACAGAGGCAGGCAGGCAGGCAGACAGUCACAGAGGCAGGCAGGCAGGCAGACAGUCACAGAGGCAGGCAGGCAGACAGUCACACACAUUCACAGACACACACAUUCACAGACACACACAUUCACAGACACACACAUUCACAGACACACACAUUCACAGACACACACAUUCACAGACACACACAUUCACAGACACACGCACAUUCACAGACACACGCACAUUCACAGACACAGCAGACAGUCUCACACACGCACGACCUGCUUCCACAUCCAUUGGCUCCUGGAGGCUGGUUGUUGGGGAAGCAGGGACUCCUUCCUGCUUCAUGCAUUAACCAGGGCCCCCGCUGCACGAUAGGCUCCGCCCCGCCACAAUUUAUUUAUUUAAUUUUUAAUGAUCCCGGCCGGCCAUGUGUGAGCUGUGCCGGCCGCCUGGCUCCCCCUGCUCCCAUGGGGCCCUGUGUGGUCUCACAGCUAACACAUGGCCGGCCGGGAUCACAGGAGCCUAAUCACUGAUAAGGGCUGUCAGCCCGGCCUCAGGUGCCGCGGCCCACCAGGAAAUUUCCCGGUAUCCCGGUGGGCCAGUACGGCCCUGUAACAGGGUUGAUGUUUCAGGAGGGAUUAGCCAAAUGGCAAAUGAUUUAGGUAAAGUAGAAAAAUGGUCAGUUGUGGCAGCUGACAUUGAAUGUUGAUGCAUCUUGGACGUAAAAACACAAGGGCAGAGUACAGAAUAUUUGAUAGUCCUAACCUCAACAUCUGAGGAAAGGGAUUAUGGGGUGAUUAUUUCUGAUGACUUAAAGGUAGGCAGACAAUGUAAUAGAGCAGCAGGAAAUGCUAGCAGAAUGCUUGGUUGUGUAGGGAGAGGUAUUAGCAGUAAAAAGAGGGAAGUGCUCAUGCCAUUGUACAGAACACUGGUGAGACCUCACUUGGAGUAUUGUAUGCAGUACUGGAGACCAAAUCUCCAGAAGGAUAUUGAUAGUUUAGAGAGCGUUCAGAGAAGGGCUACUAAACUGGUUCAUGGAUUGCAGGAUAAAACUUACCAGGAAAGGUUAAAGGAACUUAACAUGUAUAGCUUGGCGGAAAGAGACAGGGGGAUAUGAUAGAAACAUUUAAAUACAUAAAGGGAAUCAACACCGUAAAAGGAGGAGACUAAUUAAAAGAAAAACUACCCCUACAAGGUGUCAUGGUCUUAAAUUAGAAGGUUGAAAAAUAUCAGGAAGUGUUACUUUACUGAGAGGGUAGUGGAUGCAUGGAAUAGCCUUCCAGCUGAAGUGGUAGAGGUUAACACAGUAAAGGAGUUUAAGCAUGCGUGGGAUAGGCAUAAGGCUAUCCUAACUAUAAGAUAAGACUAGGGACUAAUGAAAGUAUUUAGAAAAUUGGGCAGACUAGAUGGGCCGAAUGGUUCUUAUCUGCCGUCACAUUCUAUGUUUUUAUGUUUUGAUGGUAAUCUUUUCUUUGACUCCUUAACCGUACGUUACGGUUACGACCGUUUUUUGGCAGACGUACCUGGUAGGUCAUUGGUCGGGAAGGGGUUAAAGGACAGAAAUGUAUUUCUUUUUAAUAUCCUAGAUUUAUACCAAACAAAACAAUAGGUUACUCUAACAAAACGAUUAGUAUUUUAUUAAAACACUGGUUUUGGGUACAGUAACCCUUUCUGUGGUUCUCCUCCAAACCUGCAGCGUUUCAAAGAAAAACACUGCACAUACAGAUUCUAACUCCUGGCACCAUGACCAUUUAAAGGACCACUGUAAUGUCAGGAACACAAACUUUGUGAUGGACUGCCUAGCCCCCCGACGGGUACCUCCGUCAAUCGCUCCUUCCUAGUACUUGCGAGUACCAUAAGCACUGCACUGGAACACCAUAACCAACUUAACCCCACAAACCGCCGCAGCUUGGUUGGAGUCUUGCCAUCCUCCACACACUGAGGACCUAAGGCCAGGAUCCAGCUUCCAGUGGGUAGACCUCUCCUAGUCCAGAGAGCGUAGCAGCAAAAGCUCCUUUAAGAGCUAGUGAUUAUACUCAGGGGAGUAUAGUGAUUAUAGCAAUCCCCAGAGAGAAUGUAGUUCUCCAAGCCCCCAAACAUGAUCCAAGACUUCAUGAAGGGGUAAACCAAUCUCUCUUGGUGCCACACUGGCCUUAUAUGACAAUUCCCAUGCAAGGGGUAUGCCCACAGGGACUUUGUGGGGGACUGAUUUGCAACUUCACAGACCAAUAACAAUAAGUUUACAAGGCACGACACUCCCACACACAGCACACAAUCCCUCCCCUCUAAUUGGGAGAUAAUUGGAUCAGUAACUGUACUAAUUCUAAUCCAAUUAUCUCCAAGCACAGAAAAAAAACAUUUUUUUUUUUUUAUUUUUUUAUUUUUUAACACCCCAAAAGUACCCUAAAAAUACAUAAAACCCCACAAAUGUUACAUCCCCUGAUGGCCCUGUUCUGGGUGACCAUCAUAUCCAAAAAUUACCUAGAUCAGUUCAGGGGUUCAGAAAUUUUAUGGAACUAAUCGUUUUUACCGACCGCAAGCAUGGUCCCAUAGCCGAAAAUAGUUCCAUAGAAUCGCGGCUAAGUGCCACUGGAGAAAAGCAAAAUAUAAAAGGAGGGCUGCGCCAGAAUAAACAGUGUCCAGUAUCAAUAGUUAUUGAAGAUAAAAAGUCCGACCUAAAAAGGUAUCCUCUCUGUCGUCUUUAGGUACAGGAACGCGAUCUUCAGGUAAUAUAUAAAAGAUAAAAGGAAAGAACAAACGAUGGUGCAGAAUGUACGGUUCAAAUGAAGUAAAAAUUGAUUAAUGAUAACGAACUCACAAUUCCCAGAGCUUCUGUCCAGCUCUAGGGUAAAGCGCACACAGCGGUAUAAUCCCCGCUUAUGGGAUUUAUGAUGGGUUCGUCAGGGUAUCCAAAACUCAAAGGAAACAGAAACAGCCAAAUAGUGCUCUCUGUAUAACUGUAUAUUAUAAAAGAGAAUAAAAAAAAAAACGUACUUACAAGUACAGAGCAGACCAACUGCUCUUUGAUGUCAGCGCUGGUGGAAUAAUCCCCACCUAUGGAUUUCUUUGGUUGUCAGGAACUUGUAGAGAUAGUAUUAAAAUUGGAAUAGAGUAUAUAUAAAAUAUAACAAUGAACUAAAACGAUAAAUAGCCAGGGUACAUGUAUAAAUAAAAGUAGUUGGGACUAUCAGUUAACCAAAAACUUUAAUAUUUAUUAUACAAAAUUAAAUUUCCAUAACACGUUUCGUCUAACAGACUUUAUCAAAUGGAAUAUAAUACAAAACCUGGCAGAUAGUGUUUAUAUAGACAUAGUUCAAUUUGAAAUUGGCACCAAAAAAUUUCGGCCAAUCAGAAUAAAGAUACUUUUUUACAUCUCAAAUUAACAGUAUUAAAUUAUUCUCAGAUAGUAAAUAGGUUAAUGAGGCAUAUUCAGUGGUUUUUUAUUAAAAACGAAGAUGAGAAGGAUUAUAAAAUUAAAAACACAAUUGGUCAUGUGAUAAUCAUCACUUCCGGUUUUCGGCAGUAUAGUCGCACGGCCUUAUGGGUAUUGUAGUUCCCCAUAAGGCGAUCUAAAAACGGAAGCUAGAAAAAGAGAACUAAAAAAACAAACAAAAACAAAAACAAAAAAAACAACAAAAAAAAAAAACAAAGGAUAGGGUUACUUGUGGGGAGACAAGUCCCAUGGUGUUAAAAUUACAUAAAAAUCUUCAAUAACUAUUGAUACUGGACACUGUUUAUUCUGGCGCAGCCCUCCUUUUAUAUUUUGCUUUUAUCCUGUAUUUUAGGGUUUUGGGGGGAUUCCCUUGUUGGGUUGCUGCCUUACUGGUUGUCUGGCGCUGUCUCUUUUCCUUUAUUUAAGUGCCACUGGAGGACCGACCAGGAACCGUGAGGUUUUCAUGAUGAAAAAAGUUCGAGGGCAUUUGAGUCGAAGUCCCCCUGAAGUCUAUUCGCGGUUUUGGUCCAUGCGGACAAGAUGGCAGCCACCUUGUGGUCGGCCAUAGGAAUUUUGGCCACCCAGACGAACACUUAGACCACGGCGGUGGAAAUUGCAAUAAUGUAUCAAUUAAGCUUAACAAGCUCCAGGGUGGUCUCCGGUUCGUGCGGUUGUUCGGUAAACAAACAAAUAGAGCCUGUUAUAAGUCCAAGAGGCACAAUUGGUGUUUUUAAAUAGGGUUUGUCACAGGGUAGGAGGCUGGCAAACAUGCCCCUCCAAAAACCAGUGGUGAGGUUACUUUCGUCACAAACUUGUAUUCCUGACCCUAUAGUGUAAAGACCACCAUUUAGGUGGCUUGCCGCCCCUUGGAAGGGGUUAAAACAUACCUUAUUUCCAGUGCUGCAUGGGUCUGCCAGCGCUGGCCCCCCUCAUCAGAAUUUAUGAUUUUUAGCCACUCCAAUGCUUUCCUAUAAAUCCCCAGUGGAAGUGAGGAUUUAAACUUGCUGGUACUGAAACUGUGGGAUAUUCCAUGCCAUCCUAACAGCUUUAUAGCCCACUACUUACAGGAUGGCAUAGAGCAUCCUAUUCUUGUGAAGUAGUUUAUCACAUCCUCUGCGACAUCUAAUGGGUUUAUCUACUAAUCAUAAAAUUGCAGUGAAUUGAAAAUGAUUUGAAAAAAAUUUCCAGUUCUGUUAUAGCCACAGGUUUUCUGUCUUAGUCAAACAGGGUUAUUGACUAAGGUGGGAAUUGCAGGUAACUUAAAGUGAAUUUGAAAUUUAAGUUUAAAAUGGCUAAUCUGGAAAAACUCUCCUAAUUAGUUAGUUAUAAUUUCAAUUUGGCUAUUUUGGCUGUGGGUUUGAAAUUCACUUGGAAUUCCCUGCAUUGCUCACUUUUUAUGCAUUUCUGUUCACUACUACGCAUUGUUUUGUGAAUUAACCCAUAAAUGCUCCCCUUAAUCCAUCAAUGAAUGGGUACUCUGGGAGUGCAUGCAGUUGUGUAUUUUUCUGUAUGGGUCCAUGCACAGCAACUUUAGAUGCAGCAUUUUCUUUUGAUGUUUGUGUGCUUAUGAGAAUUCAGACCCCAAACAACAAGUUUUGUGUAAAGGAGUUCUUACUAUCACCAAAAAGUGUAUUCUUCAAAUAUCUGCCAAAUACACAAAUCUGAACUUGUAGGACUUAAAAUACCAAUAAUAUUAUAUAUAUAUAUAUAUAUAUAUAUAUAUAUAUAUAUAUAUAUAUAUAUAUAUAUAUAUAUAUAUAUAUAUAUAUAUAUUUAUUUAUUUAUUAUAUUUUAAUGAUGUAUUUUGAAUAGUGUAUAAGCAAGAGUUGAACACCCAAAAAGUUUUACAAGCACACUAAUACACACCAGCAACAUGCUCCUUUAGUCUGUUUUCUUUAAAUAGGCAAGUAGUCUGUUAAAUGUGUCUGUGGAUGGUUUUAUUGCAACAAGAUUUCUUAGCCUAUCCAUUAUAUUUUUCUCUACCCUAGAAUCCAAACGACAUCUCCUAUGUGUAUAGUGGCUAUGCUCCUCUGAGUGUCCGAUUAGCACAGGUACUCGUUCGACCAGGGUGGAGAAGCAUUGAAGAAGUACUCAAAAUCCUGCCCGGACCCCAGUUUGAAGAACGGCAAUCCCUGCCUGCUGGAUUAGUGAAAAAACGUAACUGUCCAUUUUUACUUGUUUUGGUGCAGCCAUCCUAUCUCUAAAGUUAUUUGGGGAUAAAGGGUGCACACAUUGUUUUAAUGGAGGAUAUAUUUCUUACAGUUGUAAGGGCUUGCCAUGAACACCUCAAACUGUGUAUGUAGAUGAUAAAUUAUAGCCUUGUGUGCACGAAAAGAGAAGUUAGUGUACUUUGACACUAGCUUAGAUGCAGGGGCUGUAAAUAGAGCAACUCUAUAAAGGAAGGAAGCAUUACUUUAUUAAUAAAUUGAAUGAAAUAUUCAUGAUACAUUUGUCUAUUCCACUGAUUCUGUUUUUGGUAUAAUAAUUAUAGGUCAACAAGGAGAGAACAAGGUGAUGUUGGUAUUUUUCCUGGGUGGAGUUACAUUUGCAGAAAUUGCUGCUCUACGCUUCCUGUCUCAGUUGGAAGAUGGAGGAACAGAGUAUAUAAUUGCCACCACCAAGCUGAUCAAUGGCACAACAUGGAUAAAAUCUUUGAUGGAGAAGCUCGAGCCUCCCCCAUUUUGAAGCUGCAAUUCGGUUUUUAAAAAUAAAACUAAACCUGGACUUUUUAAAAAGACUUGUUAUGCUUUUACCAUUAUACUGAAAUUACUGCAAUAUGAAAUGCAGUGUUCAUUGCUAAAACCAGUAACUUGUCUUCUGAACUCUGUUAUAUUUCUGGGACGAGUACUCCAAAAGCAGAGCAUGGUGGACUUUGGUGUCAGGGCUCUUCAAGGCCCUUAUGAACAAUAUGAAAGCAGGGAGUCUUUUUGUAAUGAAUUCUAUCAUUCAUAAAAAUUAGGCCUGGACUUUGACUUUAUUAAACUGUUUGUUUUGCUGCAUUUAAAAUUUCGAAGUAAUCUUAAGAAUACACAAUAACAUCAGAGUCUGUAAACAGGAAGUUGUGCUACUAUGGUGUAAGUUAUUAACCAGUGGGAAUAAGCCUUUGAUAGCUUUCUGUACUCACUACUGGAAAAUCAGAACUUGUAGCACAUAAAAAUGUAGUACACUCUGGAAUCAAAAUGUGCCCUGUUCAUCUUGUGCAAUUUCCUCCAGUUAAUAAUAAAAGAUUAUCAGAAAGACACAGAUUAUGUACAUGUAUCUAUGUAAAGUAUGUGCUUAUCCAUUAAAAAACCUACAAUGCUUUCACUUA